AUGGAGCGAAUCGGGCAGAGCGAUGUGGCCACCAUCCUGGGUCGACUUCACCAGGAGCUCAAGUCGCAAACGCGCGACAGCAAAGCAGAGCAGCACCAGCUCAUGCGGAAGGCCUUCCAUUAUGUCACCGCCUCCUUGCAUCAGCCGGGUGGCGGGUCUACUGGGGGCAACAUGCAAGCACGAAAGCUGAGCGAAGUGACGCACAGGGUCCUUCAAGAGCUCUUCGCACUUCUGGUAGGCGACAACGGGUUUGCCCCACCAAGGAUUCGAAUCCUCAGCUCUGCGCUGGUUCGAGAGCUGUCCUCUGGCGAGGUUCCUUAUUUCUUCCGCGACAACUUCGGUGGUAACUUUGACCACUACGAUCACAAUAAGGUGGUCUACUUCUUGCCUGUGCUGUCACAACUGCUCAAUGCAGAUCUUCUCAUUAAGAACAUUCCCAAUCUAGUCAUGUGGUUUACGAGUGAAUCCACCAGCUUGAGCUUGAAGACUGCCGCCUUGGCCAAUCUGCUCGCUGCUGUUCAGCGGUUUCCGAAUGUCCUGGAUCAGGACCAACACAUCCGCCCCAUGGAGGCCCAGUUCUGCAAGUUGCUGACAGGUGCAUCGCUGGAGACCCGCAAAACAACAUCCACCACCCUGUUUGGAGUAAGGAUCAUUUCGUCGUCUGCGUCCUGCAAUGUGACGGAAGUUGAUGGCACACCCACGCGCGACUUCUUCACUUGCAUGAACAACUCGUAUGAUUACUCCGAGGAUCAACUCCUGAACGUGCACAUCUUCAGCUCUUUGUAUUGCUGGUUGUUUUACCUCUACCAGGCACAGCUGCUGGAAACAAGAAAGCGGCAGAGCAGAGAUGACAUUGUUUCAAAGCUGGAGCACUAUGGCCUGGUGCAUGGCGAUGCCAAAGGCGACGAACCGCACAACCAGCCUCAGGCAGGGGACAAGAGCUCGUUAAUCGGGCACUUUACCUUGGAUGAGGAGUUCCGGGAGGUGGUCAUCAGCAUUUGUCUGCGCAUCCUGUCGCAGGUGGAGCUGGACAUUGUGCGAGACGGCCCGCAGCAAAUGCGUUUGGGGGCGAGAUACGUGAUCUCAGAGUUGGAUUGGAUGAGGGAGUUCAUUGAGGGUGUGUCCAUGGAGGCGGUUCGUAUUCUUGAUUUGCUCUGCCUGAUGGAUCCCUCCCUUGUGACUCGAAUCUUCCCAGCUGUAAAGAAAGUCUACGAGCGGACUGCCAACAGGCAAAGUGGAGUUGUUUUUGCCGCUGUUCUCCAGUUCUUCGUGAACCAUGGACAGCACGUGAUCUUUGAUGUGGAUCCCGUGCUGCACCAUUUCUUUGAGGAUUACGUGUCAGUGCGCUACAGACAGCAACUCCUGGCAAUGAGCACUCUGCUUUUCCUGACGACGAACACAUCGAAGAUGCUGCUGCACACUCCCGUCUUCCCAAAGUACUACCCCGCCAUCAUCAAGCUCCUCGUUUGGCAUCCCCGGACGUUAGCUGAGGAAGUUUUGCCCAUCGUCCCGGCCAUGGUCGGCCCAAGUUCCUUCGCAGAACUCUUCCACACGCUUUUGGACCUACCGCUCACUGCGGCCUUCAUGGAGCAGUAUGAGAGACCAGAUGAGCCCCAUGCAGACGCUCAGAUGAUGCGCCUUGGGCUGGACAGACUGUCGCCACCCUUCAAGACGGUGCACCAGUACAUCAUGCGGAACCAGGCGGGUGGUGUUUGCAUCUGGGAAGCCAGGGAUGAAGCUCAGCUGAACAUGAUCCGAGUGCUUUGGAACUCCCUCCCUGUGACUCCUCGCGUGUCAAGCGUUUGCAAGCUCGUGCCUCGGUUCUUGAGAGUGUACUUUGACGUGCUUCUGAAUAAUGCCCCGCCAGAAUGCAUUGAGAGGGUCGUGCCAUUGCUCUUGCAACGGUUUGCCUCGCUUUAUCCAGUGGACUUCUUCCUCAACUCGGUGCACACGCUCAUCAUCGACACGCUUCAGGCUAUUUUCCAGCAAUGGCCAGCUUUCCUGAUGUCGCUGAAGCGGGAGGUAGUCCAUGCCAUUUCAACUCACUUGGAUGUGCAGGGAAGGCUGCUGGUCCUCCAUCUCUGUUGGAUCAUUGGAGAGCUGCUCCGGCCGCCCCAUGAGAACGGGGGCCGGGCGGGCAUAGCCAUGUUCUUUGAAGCUUUGGAGACGUUGGCCUACCAGGCGAUUUCCGUGCGAGCACCCGAGCCCGAGGAGGCGCAUGCUGAGCCCAAGAUGUCAAAGAUGUCGGAUUCUCGGGAGCCCGAGAAGGGCCAGGGCAGCUUGGAGGACGACCAUUCGGGUGCUGCGGACGAGGGGGACCAUGUGACUCCGGAAGCGGUCAAGGUGGAAUUUGCAGGGGAGGCCGUCUUCUCGCCACGCUUUGUUGCGGUGAUCACCGCAUCCUUGACCAAGCUUGGGACAAAGUUUCCAGAGUUUGCUCCGCGCGUGGUGCUUUGCUUGCUAAAGAUGCAGCAGCACUACGCUUCCGACUUUAGUGAUGGUGUUGAAUUUGUGCGAGAUCGAUUAGCGGACUCCUUACAGCUCCUCAGGCACUCUGCGAUCUCCAGCUCAGUCUACAGUUCCUCAACGUUCCUUGGUCUGGGGACGGAUCGCGCUCUGUCCUCGGUGUCUGCCCUUUCGUCCUUGGGCCAUCUUUCUCAUGAUCCCUCCACAUACACGUCUGGCGCAGCCUUGCAUGAUUUUGAGUUGCCCCAUCAGCCUCCGAGCAUCGCUGCCGCUCUUGCAGACGAUCGAUGGGAGGGCCGCGCAGCGCCCACGGCUGGUGCAGCGCAGAGCACAGCGCCAAAGAGCCAAGAUGCCAGAAGAGGCUGA